AUGAGCGUGUCACACUCCCUGCCAACCCAUCCACCCGACCUGAGCGCCAAAAUCCCGAAACUGGUUCCCCGCAAACGCGCACCGCAGCGGGACGUAGAGAGUGCCCCGCCCCCCCCACCUACACCAGCUCUUCCCCCCCCCCCAGACCUCACGAACCAUACGUAUGAGACGCCAUCGAGGAGGAUACUAAGCCCGGCGGACCAUGAGUUGUUCCUUAAGAGUGAGACUUGUACGCUGGUUGAGGCGUGGAUAUUUGGGCUCAGCGAUGCGGUGAGGGAUCGGAGUAUCAAGAGUGUGAAGGAGGGCGAUGCGUCACCUGUUGUCCAGACAAUCCUGAGGAUUAUAAAGGAGGUAGGGGGCAUACUGGAGAGAUGUCCCCCCGAAGAUACAGGCUCCCGGUUUGGCAACCCUGUCUUCAGGACGUUUAUCAACGAAAUCGGUGCCGCCCUUCCAGAAUGGCACACUUCACUCGGCCUCUCCAACUCCCCCCAGAUUACUGAAAUCUCCACCUACCUCCACAACGCCUUCGGCAAUAAACGCCGCAUCGACUAUGGCAGCGGCCACGAACUAAACUUCUUCCUCUGGCUGCUGUGCCUAAACCGCAUCUCCCUCCUCCCAUGCUCAGCCUUCCGCUCUAUCGUCCUAACCAUCUUCCCCGCCUACCUAUCCCUCAUGCGCAAAGUGCAAUCAGCAUACUACCUUGAGCCGGCGGGCUCACAUGGCGUGUGGGGACUAGACGACUACCAAUUCCUCCCGUUCCUAUUGGGGGCCUCGCAGCUACUACACCAUGCAUACAUCACCCCCAAAGCAAUCCACAACGCGCUCACGCUGGAAGAAUUCUCACCGGAAUACUUGUACCUGGAUCAAGUGAAUUUUGUCAAUAGCGUCAAAAACGUCGACGGCUUACGCUGGCACUCCCCCAUGCUCGACGAUAUAUCGUCCGCAAAGUCCUGGUUGAAAAUAGAGAGCGGCAUGCGCAAAAUGUUUAUCAAAGACAUUCUGCACAAACUUCCGGUUAUGCAGCAUUUUCUCUUCGGAUCCUUGAUCCCUGCUGUCGAGGGCAUGAGUACAGAGGAAGAGUGGGGGGUGAGUAGAGAGGAGGAUGAGGCUGAGGGAGGGGAGGUCAAGGUUUGGACAGAUGAGGAGGGGAAGAGACAUGUGCAUGCGAGUACUGGGUGGGGAGAUUGCUGUGGGAUUCGAGUUCCUGCGGCGGUGGGGGCAGAGGGGGAGAUGAGGAAAGUCGGUAGGGCGGGUGGGCUGAGGAGGGUGCCUUUCGAUUGA